ACAUUUCACAUCUCGUGCUGUAUAAAGAAUCUGCUUCUCUCGCUCUCUCUCUCGCGGUUUGUGUCUCCGGAGAUAGUCCGUUCUUCUUCUUGUAUCAAUCGAUCGAAGCUCGAUGGCCGGGCUGGUUCAGGUGACGAUGGAGGUCGGAAGCGACGGCGUCGCCGUCAUCACCAUCUGUAAUCCCCCUGUCAAUGCUUUGGCCAUCCCGAUUAUUGCAGGCUUGCAGAAGAAAUUCAGCGAGGCGAUGAGGAGGAGCGAUGUUAAAGCUGUUGUUGUGACCGGAAAAGGCGGGAAAUUUUGUGCUGGUUUUGACAUCAAUGUUUUUCAAAGCAUCCAUAAGACCGGGGAUAUUUCUGUUCUACCAGAUGUAUCUGUUGAUCUUGUCGUGAACACAAUUGAAGAUGCCAAGAAGCCUGUGGUUGCUGCUGUAGAAGGACUUGCACUUGGGGGUGGCCUAGAGUUAGCAAUGGGAUGCCAUGCACGUAUUGCUGCACCGAGAACUCAACUCGGCUUGCCAGAGUUGAGCCUUGGUGUUAUUCCUGGGUUUGGAGGAACGCAGCGUCUUCCAAGGCUUGUUGGUUUGUCGAAAGCAGUUGAAAUGAUGCUGUUAUCUAAACCUAUCAUGUCUGAAGAAGGAAAGAAGCUAGGUCUUAUUGAUGCUUUGGUGUCUUCUGAUGAGUUGUUGAGUGUUUCUCGGCUGUGGGCUCUAGAGAUUGCAGAUAGACAGAAACCUUGGAUUCGUUCCCUUCACAGGACAGACAAGCUUGGUUCCUUGUCUGAAGCAUGCGAGAUAUUGAAAGUAUCAAGACAGCAGGCCAAACGAACUGCUCCAAAUAUGCCUCAGCAUCUGGCAUGCCUAAAUGUGAUAGAGGAAGGCAUUGUUCGUGGAGGGUAUAAUGGGGUUUUGGAGGAGGCCAGAGUUUUUAAAGAGCUAGUCUUGGGUGACACUUCAAAGGGUCUCGUUCAUGUUUUUUUUGCCCAACGUGCAACAUCUAAGGUACCUAAUGUUUCUGAUAUUGGGCUCAAACCAAGGCCUAUAAAGAAAGUUGCUGUAAUUGGUGGUGGUUUAAUGGGCUCUGGUAUUGCCACAGCUCUAAUCCUGGGCAACAUAUAUGUUGUGCUGAAGGAGGUUAAUUCCGAAUAUCUUCUGAGAGGAAUAAGAAUGAUAGAAGCAAAUGUUCGGGGCUUAGUAGCAAGAAAGAAGUUGGCACAGGAUAAAGCAGAUAAAGCCCUUUCAAUGCUAAAAGGUGUAUUGGACUAUACAGAAUUUGGAGAUGUGGAUAUGGUUAUAGAGGCUGUCAUCGAAAAAGUUCCCCUGAAGCAAGCAAUUUUCUGUGAAAUUGAGAAGGCUUGCCCCCCACAUUGCAUUUUGGCCACAAAUACAUCUACUAUUGACCUCAAUAUAGUAGGAGGAAGGACCACCUCCCAAGAUCGCAUUGUUGGAGCACAUUUCUUCAGUCCUGCUCAUGUGAUGCCUCUCCUGGAGAUUGUGAGGACAGAGAAGACCUCUGCCCAAGUAAUUCUUGACCUCAUGACGGUUGGCAAAAUCAUAAAGAAAGUCCCUGUUGUGGUGGGAAAUUGUACGGGCUUUGCUGUCAACCGGACCUUCUUCCCUUAUACACAUGGUGCACAUAUGCUGGUCAACCUAGGCGUGGAUGUUUUCAGAAUUGACAGGCUCAUCAGCAGUUUUGGGUUGCCUAUGGGCCCAUUCCAGCUUCAGGACUUAGCUGGAUAUGGUGUGGCCCUUGCUGUUGGUAAAGAAUUUGCUAGUGCAUUUCCUGAUCGUACAUUCAAGUCUCCUUUAGUUGAGCUUCUAGUGAAAAAUGGACGAAAUGGUAAAAACAAUGGAAAGGGAUACUACAUUUAUGAAAAGGGAAGCAAGCCAAAACCAGAUCCGUCGGUGCUUCCAAUUAUUGAGGAGUGUAGAAGGAUUACCAAUAUUUUGCCUGGUGGAAAGCCUAUAUCUGUUACUGACCAAGAAGUCGUGGAGAUGGUACUCUUUCCAGUUGUGAACGAGGCCUGUCGUGUCCUGGAUGAUGAAGUAGUAGUUCGAGCAUCAGACCUUGACAUUGCAUCUGUUCUUGGAAUGAGUUUCCCUUCCUACCGAGGUGGUAUUGUGUUUUGGGCUGAUACAGUCGGGGCUAAACAUAUAUAUACAAGUCUCAAAAAGUGGUCCCAACUAUAUGGCAACUUCUACAGACCUUCAAGGUAUUUGGAAGAAAGAGCAACAAAAGGCAUUCCUCUGAGCGCGCCUGCUUCGCCGGCUGCAGCUUCAAGGUCGCGGCUUUAGGCUGUAGUAAUCCUGCGUUGGUUUUGGGUGAAAAUAAAGCUUGUCCCCAUUUUGAUAGUUGGAAUUCGAUUAACUUACAGAUGCAAUUUGUGUAAGGUAAAGGUAACUUUUUCAAGUCCAGGUUGUUUUUGAGUUCAAUGCAGGGUAGUAGAUGAGAAUGGUUAUUGACUUUAUGGAAUACAAACAGAUAGUACAUUUCUCGUAUCUGUGAAAAUCUUCAGUGUUAUGUUCACAAAUUCAA